AUGCGCGUCGACACCGGCGGCCACCACGGCCGCCGUCGCAGCGGCUCGCACGAGUCGACCGGCGGCCAUGACGGCCGCCGCCGGAGCGGCUCGCACGAAUCGCCGACGGUGCACGACGCGCGGUUGCACAUGACUCGUAGAUUGCGGGAGGCCUGGACCGACGCGUUCGUGCUUUUUCCCGUGCGCGAUUUGGACUUGUUGGCGCGCGCGACGCCGGCCGUCAUGCGUCUCCAGCCGUCGCCAAAGACCUUUCCCCAGCUCUUGGCUGCGCUGCGGAGCGUGGCCACGGAGCACGACGACCACGAGCUCAUCGACGCCAUGGCGCCGAUCAGUUACCGCCUCGACAAGGAUCUCGCCGAGGACGCCGACGCCGGACCGCCCGUCGCGGGCUCGCCGGCGCGGUGGCUCCCGCGCCAGGACUCGACUGGGUCCGCCGGCGCCGCGUCGCCGGGCGGCGGCCGGCGGACCACGCAGCGACGGCACGCGCGCAGCCCGCAGCCGGCGCCCGGCGCCGCGCCGGCACCCGCGCCCUCGUCGUCGUCGCGGCGCGACCGCCACCGGCGGCGGCGGCAGCAGACCGAGGCGGCGCACCGGCGGGCCCUCGCGCGUUUGGAUAGGCUGCGCCUCCCGGACGACACCCCGAACCCGUACCAGGCGAAGGCCGCACCCGGGAAGCGUCGGAGUACGGGCUAA